CACAAACUAGUAUAGGCACUGAAAACCAAAGACGAUUCGAAAUACAAAGACUUAGCUGCCCCCAUUCCUAUUAUUGGCUUGUUUCUCCAUUUGCGAUUAAUUCUUGAGAUUUUUUGGAGUGGAAGUCCAAGGACUGAUUGAUGCCUCAGGCCGCAGAUCGUCAUUGUCCCGAAACGCGAAGCCAACCUUCCCCCCUUCUCCAUAUAAUGGAGGCUAGCUUGCUGGCUAUUUUGUCUCAGCCAUCACAUCUCCCUUCCCUUGACGUGGCUUUAAGGAGGAACUGCUGUCUCACCUUUCUUCCGCCAUGGCCGAUAUAUGCCCUGGCCAGAUAGUGGCCUUGAAGGAUGAACAGCGACAGCGAGCUAUCGUUCGCUAUGUUGGUACCACACGAUUCGCAGAGGGGAUCUGGGUUGGCGUCGAGCUAGAUGGCCCCAACGGGAAAAAUGAUGGCUCAGUCGCGGGAGAACGGUAUUUUGAAUGCAAGCCGCUGCAUGGCAUGUUUCUUCGACCAGUGGGAAUCGCUAGAGUUCUCGAACAUCCCGGACGUGCAGACAAGCAAACGGCAAGGGAGACGGUCAACAAAGGGCGACCCCAAAGUAGCAUUGUCUCAGGUACUGCAGGAUUGAGAAGAGCCAGCACACUCUCCACCCAAAGGCACAGCACCGGUACUGCUUCUAGUCCGUCCUUACAGCCAAAAGCGUCAUCACCGCAAUCUCCUGCGAAGUCACCUACAAAGCAAUUGGCUACCCGUGCUGUUCGAUCUUCUACCCGAUCCUCCACACGAUCCCCCGUGAGCACCGAUACACAUACCUCUGCAGCAGCCAGAUCGCGGCCGACUGCCGGUACCAGGUCCUCUAUGGGCCCUCCGCAGCCCUCAACGGCCAUCUCGAGAACCGCGCGACCUUCGUUAUCGGGAACAGCGAAUAAAUCGGCGAGACCUGGUCUUCCUAGUGCAGCAUCUUCGAAUUUGGCAUCUAGGCAGCGGCCGCCUGUCCGGCCACCCCCUAAGAAGAUGCCAGCGGAAACUGAUAACAGAGCACAUGGUCGGUCAGACCAUCGUGAUGGUGCUGAAUCCCAUGACGCUGAAGAAAACAGGGUCUCGCGCGGUGGAAGUUCAACUCCUCAAGCAACUGCGAGGUCUCCAGGUCUCCUCCGGAGAGCCGCUCCUUCGAAGCCAUCUAUAUCUUCACCACGACAGCAGCAAAAUAGCGCAGAGACAGCAAGGGAGAUUGAAGGACUUAAAACGAAGCUGAAAGUGAUGGAGAACAAGCGCGCAGAAGACCGAGAGAAACUCAAAGAUCUCGAAAGGCUCAAAUCCGAACGCGAUAAAUUUGAGGGAAUCAUCCAGAAAUUGCAGGCAAAGUACCAACCGCAGCAGGUCGAGAUAGGAGAGCUACGGAAAGCACUAAAAGAAAAGGUGUUAAAGUUGGAAGAACUAGAACAAUUACAAGCUGAGAAUGAGACGGCCCUUGAAAUGGCAGCUCUCGACCGCGACAUGGCGGAAGAAACAGCGGAUGCUUUCAAGCAUGAAUGUGAGAUCCUGAGGCAAAAGGUCGAAGAACUCCAACUGGAGGUCGAUGUCCUACAACAAGAAAAUGAAGAACUCGGUCAGACCAUGAGCCCAGAGGAAAGGGCUAGCCAAGGGUGGUUGCAAAUGGAGAAAACAAAUGAACGUCUGCGCGAAGCGCUUAUCCGUCUGCGUGACAUGACCCAACAACAGGAAGCGGAGCUUAAGGACCAGAUAAAAGAACUCCAGCAGGAUUUGGAAGAAUAUUCCAACAUUAAAGCCCAAUACGAAUCUGCGAAGGAAAAACUACUGGCGUCCGAGAACAAUGUAGAAGAUCUAAAACAGCAGUUGGAAACGGCACUCGGCGCCGAAGAAAUGAUUGAAGAGCUUGCAGACAAGAACAUGCGGUACCAAGAAGAGAUCAAUGAACUCAAGGCUGCGAUUGAGGACUUGGAGGCAUUGAAGGAAAUAAACGACGAGCUCGAAUACAACCAUAUCGAGACGGAAAAGCAACUGCAAGAAGAACUUGAACACAGGGAGAGCGUUUAUAACGAGCAGUGUCGAAAGAUCUCCCAGCAAGAGGAGACUAUUGAGGAUCUUGAAUAUACCCUCGUUCGCUUUCGGGAGCUUGUCUCAAACUUGCAAAGCGACUUGGAGGACAUGCGGGCGUCCAAACAGAUUUCAGAAACCGAGUCUAAUGAGCUCACGACGCGGUCUCGAGCUAUGAUGGACCUUAAUAUCAAACUUCAAGCCUCUAUCUCGAAGGCCCAGACGAAGACGAUUGACGUGGAACUUGGUCGCUUGGAGGCUGAAGAAGCAGCGGAGCAUUUGUCAAUUCUCAAGCUGUACCUCCCUGAAUAUUUCAAUGGAGAGCGAAAUUCUGUACUUGCGUUUCUGAGGUUCAAGCGGGUCGCCUUCAAGGCUUCCUUGAUGAGCAAUAGUAUCCGCGAACGGCUUUCUGAUCAGCAUUCUAUUUCGGUCAUACCGGAAGAAUUCUUUGCGGCUCACGAUGCUAUCGGAAAGCUCUUGUGGAUAUCAUCUAUCUGUGACCGGUUUAUAAAUUACAUAUCCGGUUGCUCUACCGAAGACUUUAGUAGGGUUGAAGGUGCCUUCUACGAACUGGAACCAGUGGAACGAACACUGAACUCAUGGAUCGAAAGUCUAAAGGGAAAUGAUUUCAACGCGAGAAAAUGUGUCGACGAGUUGCACAGAUCUAUUAGUGUGCUAACGCACCUUGCAGAGACGCUUCUCCCACCCAAUCUGGAGAUCUUUGCAGACGAGAUAUGCAUGCGGUCAAUAUUGACGCAGGCAUACUUGGAACAAGCUGCAUCAUCAAUAUCGUACCUGAAAUCGGUGAUGCAAUCUAAACUCAGUGCACCGACGGAGGACGAUGAGGAAGGCGCAUUUUUCUUCAACAAGAUGGAUACGUUUGUGACGCAAGCUCGUGGGUUGAAAGUUGCGAUGGGAAAGAUCUAUCGCCUACUCGAUGACUUGAAAUCGCGGUCGCUUGCUCCUCCAAAUGAUGCCAGCGAACCCUUUGAGCAGACCGAGAACGCUGCCGCGAAAAUUUCAAAGCUAGCAAGAUCUUUAGGAGAAAAUGCCUUGGUUCUUCUCGGCGAAGAGGGACGUGUCGAACCCUAUACUCUCCCGGAAGUAUUGAAGAACAUGUCGCAGACAGCAGAAUCCUUUGCUCGAUCCUCAAGCAUUGCAAACGAUAGCGAUGAUGGCCUAACCUUGCUCAGCCAUAUGCUGCGGAAUUUCGGUGGUUAUCUAGAAGAUCUUGACUCGCUCUCAUCAAACAUUUCCCGUACAACGGAAUUUGAAAAGCGCCAUGCUCCCUGGCUCGCGAGAGCGGAGGAACUCAAGUCGAAUAAGACCGUAUCUGCCGAUGCCGAUGAGAUUAUUCACCGGCUGAAGAAUGAAAUCCACGAGGCAUCCACGGCACUGGGGGUCAAAGACAAAACUCUUGAGGAGCAGGCCAUUAAAGUAGAACUUCUUGAAUCGAGGAUGCGUGAAGCGAACAAGAAGGCAUCCAUGGUAAAAGAUCUUGAAUCGAAGAUCGAAGAGCUACAAGCAAAGGAGCUGGAGCUAUCGGGAACUGUAGAGAAGCAAAGACAAGAUUUACAGACACUAGAGACUGAACGGGAGGAUUACAAGACACGUCUUGAGAGAAUGAAAAGAGCCUCCGGCACCACCGGUGUCGCCACUACGGCGGAAGGCGUCGUCGUUGAUAGCGCCAUGUCUCUGGCUACAAUGCGCGAGAACGAAGCCCUGCGAGCCGAAGUCCACAGCCUCCAAGCAGCCGUCCGCUUCCUCCGUGAAGAGAACCGCCGUGCCAACCUGCUUGACCCGUACACUCUUCAUCGAUCAGCGGAUAUUCACUCCUGGCUCAACGCGCCGCUGACACAGAAGAGCCCCCAGUGCGAAGCGAUACAACAGACAGCCCUCGAAACAAGAGAUGUCUUCUCGCAUCUGCUUAAAUUGACGGAGAAAUCCCACGUUUACGACCUAAAGUCAGCAAGCUCGCAAGAGAAGAACAACCGCGUGGCCUGGCGCCCCUCGAAAUCUAGACUCCGGUACCAAGUCCUCCGGCAACGAGAAGACUACGAGCGCUGGGUUGAAUGGAAGAAUGACGUCGUCAGCCGCGAACGGGAGCAGGAUAGACUCGCGGAAGUGCAAAGAGGGAAAGCUGUUUUCCAUCUCCAGCAGAGUGCCCUCAACGGUUAUAGGGGCUCCCAGACCCCCUACGGUGUCUUGGGACAUGGAGUCAUUAAUCGUGCUUGGCAGAUGCUGGACAUAUUGAAGAAAGAUACCCAAGCCGACGGUCGCCCCAAACAUGUCAUCGAUGACGGGGUGGAAAUCGUCGAAGACGACUGA